AUGGCGUUAGUCGACGCGCCACUACCACAGUUCACGGAUGCGAAGUCGAAGAAAACAACGGUGCUAUGGCAGGUCUACCACCGUCCACGUGCACAGCGCAAGACAAUUGCCCUGUCAGUCAUCGCAUUAAUCUUCGUCUUUUAUAUGCUUCCCUCCUCUUCAAAGCGACCUGAACCCGAUUUCUGGACCAAAUUCCCCUCACAACAUCCUUUCCCUGAGCGCCCCGAAGAUGCCCAGGUCAUUCUCCCUCCCCGGACGGAUAUCAAUAUCAAUCAGACUCUCCCGCAUGAUCUAGACAAGCCCAACCCACGCCUGCACCUAUUGGUCCCCGCCUCGCAAGGCUCGCGUGGAGUAUGUCGCACGCUCACAUCGGCUAUGAUCCUGGGAUAUCCGCCACCAACACUAGUUGGUUAUGGCCAUGAUGUACCCGGUGCGACUGAGACAGAGCGCAUGGUUGAGCAGAUCACACGUGCGCGCAACUACAUCCGCGACAGCAAGACUGUACAUGACCGCGACUUUGUGUUGAUGGUGGAUGGACUGGAUACAUUCUUCCAAUUGCCACCGCAGGUCUUGGUUAAGCGGUUCCAGAAUCUCAUCCGGAUCAACAACCAGAAACUGCAGGAGAAGUUUGGCUUUGCCAGAUUGGACGGCCGGCCUGUGUCUGAGAAUGUACAGAAGUACACUCAGCGGGUGCUGUUUGGUGCAAGCAAGAUCUGCUUCCCGGGUUUGCAGGACGACCCCGGUUGCGCUUCUGUUCCUGAGUCUACUUUGCCUCCGGAUGUGUACGGCUGGAAGACGGAUUCCUACCCAGAUGGACACCUGAACCGACCCAAGUGGUUGAACCCCGGAGCGGUAAUUGGCCAAGCAGCCGAUGUACGACUGAUCUACGACGAAGUCCUCCGACUACUAGAUCAAAGCACAAAGAAAUCAGGCGACUACCAAGCCCUAACGCAGAUCUACGGACGACAAGAAGUAAUCCGAGAACUGGAGCGACGCCGCACAACCAACGGCGUCAAGGACUGGUUCUGUCGCCUAGUAGGCAUAUCCGACGCAGCCAACAUAACAGGAAUAAGCCUCCGACUCGAAACAGGCCACCGAUACGAGUACGGCAUAGGCGUGGACUUCGAAUCACAACUCUUCUUCAACCAAAUAAUGUCCCGCAACGACGUCGAAUGGGUCAAAUACAACAACAUCACCAAAAUGUCCAUGCUACAAGCCCAGCACGGCGUCCCACGCGAACACCGCCUCCUCCUCCCAACAGACAUAUCCACCCUCCCAAACCCAUACAACCAAUCCCGCUUCGCAAAAGAAUCAACCCUACGCCCAGUCUGGAACGCCACACUAGACAAACUCCCCGACCCAAACAACACCUCCUGGCACAAUUCCCCACUCAUGACAAACGUCCACUCAGGCCACAUCCCAGCCCUAGCCCAUCUAAACGGCGACCCCAAGCUGCGGAAUGCAUGGUGGGAAAAGAUGUGGUUCUACCCCUGGGCACGCGCCCUCCUGCGCAAGUACGUCCGCAACGCACACGGCUUCGACGCGGCGCAAUCUGCGCUGCUGGGCGGGCAGGAUUGGUUGGAGCUGCGUGGGGGCCGCGGUGGGAUCUGGACGGAUGAUGAGAGUUGGAUUACUCUUGCUGAGGUUUGUAAUGGGCAGGAGAGGGAUCUGUUUGAUGAUGGGCUUGGGCUUUGGUCUAAGGAGGUUGAUGACCCUGAUGAGCCGGUUUAUAAUCAGUAUGGGAGUCUUAUUUCUGGCAAGGAGGAGUUCUUUGUUUAG